UCAAGACAAAAGAACAAGGUCCACUUUGACAAACGAAACAAAGCCAAAUCCUCUGAAUUCAAAGUCGGUGAUGCAGUCCUGCUGAGAAACUCAAAGAAAGGUAAAUUGCAGACCCCUUAUGAACAUCAGAAAUACCAAAUUGUUAAGAAGAAAGCUAGAUCGAUGAUUACAGCGUCAAAUGACAAUCGCCAAGUCACUCGGAACUCGUCACAUUUUAAAAAGUUUAAAGAAAAGAAAGGUGAAACAGAUAACCCAGCAGAUAAAGAAGAACAGCCGAGCAAGCAGAACACCAAUGAACGCCCGAAAAGGAAAACAAAACCACCAGCCUACUUUGGCUAUAAACAGUCAGAUAAGUAA